AUGCCCAUCAAGCAAUCAAAUAGCAUUACCCAGGUGCCAGCUAUGGCGACUGUAGAACCCGCUCGGCCGCCUCUUGUCAAAUCUGCAACGGUAGCAUCUAUGGCUCUUAGUACCACUUCGACAGUUGUAGUUCCGCCGGUCCCGACCUUUGAUAUCGAGCAUAUGCCUGUCGAGAACGACCCGCGUACUUGGUCUUCACUCCGAAAGAAUUGCAUCUUGUUCCUCAUUGCCGUUGCCGCGAUGGUUGCUGCGCUGGCCGCAAAUAUUCAGAAUCCGGCUGUUGAGCAAAUGGAAGCGGAGCUUCCUGCAACUCCUGCUCAAUUUAGUUUGAGCAUUUCCAUGUUUAUUUUGGUUCAAGGUCUCAUGCCAGUCAUUUGGAGUUCGAUCAGUGAAGUUAAGGGUCGCAAGCUUGUCUACUCCCUCUCCCUGGCUCUCUUCGCACUUGGAAGUAUCGUUGUCGCUCUGAGUCAGCACAUUGGCCCUGUUAUUGGAUUUCGAUGCCUUCAAGCUGCAGGGUCAAGCGCGGUGAUGGCGAUAGGCGCCGCAUCACUUGCAGAUAUUUUUGAACCAGAAGAACGUGGUCGAAAGAUGGGUAUCUAUUACGUUGCGCCUUUGCUGGGUCCGGCUCUUGGGCCGAUCUUCGGUGGUAUUCUUACGACAAUCUGGAGCUGGCGCGCUAUUUUCUGGUUCCUUGCUAUUCUAUGCGGCACAUGCUUGAUAGCUUUCGUGCUUUUCUUCCACGAUACCUUCCGACCGGAGCGUAGUCUAACCUACCAAAAUGUUCUUAAACAACGUUUGUAUGCUGCUGCUAUUAGCGGCGACCUGAUCAAGGGCAAGCCCUCGCCAAUGGUUGGAAAGGUUGUGCAAGCCAACAAAUCGGAUAUCAAUGUCAUCGACAUUGAAAAGACCACCGUCAAAACCGAAGAAAACACUCAAGACUUCAACGAACUGCCAAAGAUAACCCUAACUCUGAGGGAUGUUAAUCCCCUCAAGCCAAUGUGGCUUGUCCUUCGAAGGCCUAACAAUUUCCUCAUUCUCCUUACAUCUGGUCUUCUCUACGCCUUCGGAUUCCAGUUGUCAUAUGCAACUUCAAGGAGGCUUGGUGAUACCUAUGGAUACAGCCCUCUAAAAAUCGGUCUUGUCACCAUCAGCUACGGAGCUGGGAGCGUUAUGGGCAGCCUUCUUGGAGGAAGGUGGUCUGACCGCCAACUCAGACUUAUCCGGGAAGCCAAUGGCGGGAAAGCCUACGCAGAGAUGAGACUCAAGAGUACACUCCCGGGUUUGAUUAUGCUCCCAUGUAUUGUACUUGGAUUUGGGUGGCUUUGCGACAAGAUCCAUAAUGUUGUCGCGAUUUCUUUCUUUCUGUUCUUCGGAGGUUUUGUCUACAUUUGGAUCUACUCGAGUACACUAGCAUAUGUUGUUGAUGCAAAUGUUGGACGUUCGUCGACCGCUGUGGCAGCAAACAGUUGUUUCCGUGGAAUUUUUGCCUUUAUCGGCACAGAAGUUGCUGUUCCUCUUCAGAGCGGCGUUGGUGACGGUUUGAUGUACACCAUUUGGACUGGCAUCCUGCUGCUCAACAGUGCGAUUGUCGUCUUAGUCUGGUUGAAAGGGACAAAGUGGCGCGAAAACGCCGAGGCACGCGAAAAGCGCCAUGCUGCGCGCUUUGAUACUGCUACCUUCUCUAGCACAAGAUCAAGCACACCCCCUAAUUGGUACGCCAAAUUAAGCUUUCCCCUCACUUGA